AUGUCUCAAGCACCGGCCACCUUCACACCUGAUAGCGAAUUCGCCGACCUGGAAACCCCGCGCGGGCCCAUUGGCAGCUGUCUUUCCAUUACAGCGCUGGCUCGGUUUGAAUUCGAAGCUGGCAAGGGUAAUGAGGGGACCAAGAUCCUGAUGAUCGAGUGGGAGGAUGAUGAUCUGAGCCGAACUGCUGCCGAGGGUUCCUGGCACGUUUCAUGGACCGGCAAGACUACCGUGCUUCCCGCAGAUGAUAGACCGACUGACAGCUUGCGCCGCUUCUACUUCCUACUCCCGCCUCACGUCACCAUUCCCCCCGUCGUCACACUCUCGUACGAGCCGCGACCCACAAUCGAAACUGAAAAUACAUCGACGUCGUCUUCACAGGCUCGCGAUACAUUGCAAUUGAACCCAUUGCCUGCUAUCUUUCCACCUGAGCUAGGCGCAACAGGUCGUGCUGCCGGCAAGAAGGGUGUAUUGCACACCAUCUGGGCGAAGAAACGCCUCCGCGUUCUGGACAAUGAAAUUCGCGACGAAUGUCUUAACAAUGCGGAAGGAGUCGCCGUGCAAAUGGCAGUACAGGAGAAGGAAUGGAUCGAGAUGAACUUUGGAGUCACCGCACACGCCGCUGACAGCAGCCGUGAAUCCUCAACUGCAAACUCCAUGUACCCAACCGGCCCAGCCACACCAGUUUCACCCAUGAGCGGCCGAAAAUUGACCGACAAGCUGAGAGGGUUGAAGCUGCAGACAAGCGAGAAGGAAUUGUCCGCAAACGACAGUGAGUCAUCUUCUGCUUUUAAGUCACUAUCCGGAUCAUUGACAGCUCCAGAUUCAGACCCAAACUCAGCGCACCUCCUCUCACCACAGUCGCCCGACGUGGCAGUCUCAUCCUUCAGCUCAUUCAGGAGUGGCGUCAACCGCUCUGCAGGCUCUCUUCCAACACCAGUGACUACUUCUAUCCCGACCCCAAGCUCCAGCACUAAGCCCACCGGCCUCGAGAACCUCAAGCCCGUCGCCCUGCACCCACCAGAGUCCAUUCAAGACCUCCAACAAACUAGCACGACCAGCGGUUUCGCCGCUAUAAAUUCGGUGACCUCCAUGAGCUCUCUAGCACGCACCUCGAGCGCAGAAUCCGGCGAAGAUCUCUUUGCGAAAGCACUGAGUCCCCGCUCACCCGACCUCCCACGGAGUCCAUUUUCAUUCGCUUAG